AUGCAUUGAGCCAGGGAGGAGGGCCGAGCUGCCGUUUCUUCCGCAGACCCGUGUUAGAUAUCGCUGCUGCCCGGGGUUCCGCGCGGCUGCUGCAACCUGAUACUUGAACUAGAAAUCACAGAUGCAAGCUAAUUCCCUUUAAAGGGAGGGAUUACGUGGUCCAAGUGGAUGGAGACGGAAGCUAAGCUGUGUCUAAGGUACUCUGUCAUUUGAGCUGGCAUAACCUUCAGUAACAGAACCAACCAGGCCGGCCAACUUCCAGGUCCUGCUGGUGCCUUGUCAAGGAACCCAGGUGGACCCAUUUCUAAUCACCAUCCCCCAACACGACGUCUCUGGGUCACUGACGGAGACCAGACCAGUCCAACAGACACUGACUGCAGAAGCAUACUUGGGUUGCCUGGCGCAAAUCUGCUCUCACUGAGAGACAUAGGGAGAGAAUACAGGUGUCCCUUUUACCCAAGAAGCCGCACACACGCAUUCUACAUUUGAACCUCUGCCCAUAGAAUGGAUGAUGGUUAUUGAAACAGCCCUGACCUCUGCCACCGCUCUCUGGAAGAUAUAGCUCAGGAGGCUACCAGGCAGUCCUGGAGGCAAAAGAUGGAUGACUAUAAAUAUCAGGACAACUAUGAGGCCUAUUCCCACAGUGAUGGCUAUUAUCCGGGCCAAGAGUCCAACCCAGAAGAGGACGCACAGAGUGAUGUUACCGAAGGCCAUGAUGAGGAGGAUGAGAUCUAUGAGGGCGAGUACCAGGGCAUCCCUCACCCAGAUGAUGUCAAGGCCAAGAAGACCAAGAUGGCGUCUUUCAGGGCAGAUGACCUUCGAGACCAGGCAGAACUGAUGGCCGAAAGGAUGGAAGAUGAGGAGCAGUUGGCUCACCAGUACGAGACCAUCAUUGACGAGUGUGGCCAUGGGCGUUUCCAAUGGAUCCUCUUUUUUGUCUUGGGUUUGGCCCUGAUGGCUGAUGGGGUGGAGGUGUUUGUGGUGAGUUUUGCCCUGCCCAGUGCAGAGAAGGACAUGUGUCUGUCCAGUUCCAAGAAAGGAAUGCUUGGGAUGAUAGUCUAUCUGGGAAUGAUGGCGGGGGCCUUCGUCCUGGGGGGCCUGGCUGAUAAGCUGGGGAGGAAGAGAGUCCUCAGCGUGUCUCUGGCGCUCAAUGCCUCCUUCGCCUCCGUCUCCUCCUUUGUGCAAGGUUAUGGGGCCUUCCUCUUCUGCCGACUCAUCUCAGGCAUAGGUAUCGGCGGAGCUCUGCCCAUUGUGUUCGCCUAUUUCUCGGAAUUCUUGUCUCGGGAGAAGCGAGGGGAGCAUCUCAGCUGGCUGGGCAUCUUCUGGAUGACCGGGGGCAUCUAUGCCUCUGCCAUGGCCUGGACCGUCAUCCCGCACUACGGCUGGGGCUUCAGCAUGGGCACCCACUACCACUACCACAGCUGGAGAGUGUUUGUCAUCGUCUGUGCUCUGCCCUGUACCGUGUCCUUGGUGGCCCUGAGGUUCAUGCCAGAGAGCCCACGGUUUCUGCUAGAGAUGGGCAAACAUGACGAAGCUUGGAUGAUUCUCAAGCAAGUCCACGACACCAACAUGAGAGCGAAGGGGACCCCGGAGAAGGUGUUCACGGUUUCCCAUAUUAAAACUCCCAAGCAAACGGACGAGUUCUUCGAGAUCCAAAGUGCAACAGGAACUUGGUACCAACGCUGCCUGGUCAGAUUCAAGACCACUUUCAAGCAGGUCUGGGACAAUGCGCAGUACUGCGUGCUGGGGCCCUACCGGAUGAACACGCUGAUUCUGGCUGUGGUCUGGCUCACCAUGGCUUUGAGUUACUAUGGACUGACCGUUUGGUUCCCCGACAUGAUCCGGUAUUUUCAAGAUGAAGAAUACAGGUCCAAGAUGAAGGUGUUUUUCGGUGAGCACGUCUACGGGGCCACAAUCAACUUCACGAUGGAAAAUCAGAUUCACCAGCACGGGAAGUUUGUGAACGAUAAGUUCACGAAGAUGUACUUUAAACAUGUUCUCUUUGAAGACACAUUCUUUGAUGAGUGCUAUUUCGAAGACGUUACAUCCACUGAUACCUUCUUCAAAAACUGCACGAUUGAAUCCACCACCUUCUAUAACACAGACCUCUAUGAGCACAAGUUCAUCAACUGCCGAUUUAUCAACUCUACCUUCCUGGAGCAGAAGGAGGGCUGUCACAUGGACUUUGAGCAAGAUAACGACUUCCUGAUUUACCUUGUCAGCUUCCUGGGCAGCCUGUCUGUCCUGCCCGGGAACAUCAUUUCCGCCCUGCUCAUGGAUAGAAUCGGACGGCUCAAGAUGAUUGGCGGCUCCAUGCUGAUCUCGGCGGUCUGCUGCUUCUUCCUGUUUUUUGGCAACAGCGAGUCGGCGAUGAUCGGCUGGCAGUGCCUGUUCUGCGGGACCAGCAUCGCUGCCUGGAACGCCCUGGAUGUGGUCACGGUGGAGCUGUAUCCCACCAACCAGAGGGCGACAGCCUUUGGCAUCCUCAAUGGGUUGUGCAAAUUCGGGGCCAUUCUCGGAAACACCAUCUUCGCUUCUUUUGUUGGGAUAACCAAAGUCGUCCCCAUCCUCCUGGCCGCCACUUCUCUCGUCGGCGGUGGCCUCAUUGCGCUUCGACUGCCCGAGACGCGGGAGCAGGUCCUGAUGUGAGCCGCCCACGGGGACAGGACACGUCGGAACAGCCUUAUCCAGGGACCUUCGACGCACCCACGCUUCCUGUCUGUCACCGUCCAGAGGACUUUGGACAGCACCAGAGGAGAUGUUGAUUUUGUGACCCCUCGUUUAGGACCCACUUCAGCGUCAAGAUGUGUGUAACUCAGGUGACUGAUUUGGGGUGUCCUGAGCCACCCUGAUCAUCCUAGUGCUGCGUGCUCGGUUUCAGGUCACCCCAGCCCAAGGCAGGGGAGGAGGAAUAGCACCCUCCAGUGGUGCACGUGCUAAACCAGGAGUGUGCAUUCCCCCAAGUGACGUGCAAGGACUUGUUUGGGUUUUGAAGUGAAUUUGAGCGUGAGAACACUCAAGGUCCUUUGUCAAGUUCCUUGGAGACCAGUGACUAAACAAAUGGACUGGAUAAGAAGUUAGAGUCAUCAGAUAAAUAUUGGACUUGAAGCACAGGAUACAUAUAUUUUUGCAUUUAAAAGAAUCACCUUGCC